UCUUCAUGAAGUUUUCCAGCAGGACUGAUGCAGCAGCACAUCAGCAGUGUUCGCCUCCACCUCAAACAGCUCUUCAUUUACAGAAGUUACACAUCGCCUGCAGAACUCACGUCACUGAAUGCAACUUUGGAUAAGGGAACUGCUUGUUUACUAGGGACAUAGAGCGAGUGUUGAAGUGCACUGGUUUUGUGGAGUACAUAGAAACACUCCAGCAUCAGGAUGAGAGCGAUUAACUUGGACACUUACAGCCUGUCUCUGCUGACCGCUAAAGAAGACAUCCUCAACCCGCGAGCAUCCACCAACUGGGCUUUAUUUACAUAUGAGGGAGUGACCAACAAUCUUAAACUCACAGAUUCAGGAGCUGGAGGUUUGACAGAAUUGGUUGGGAAAUUUCACAACAGCAGGCCCAUGUAUGGCCUCUGCAGGGUGGGACUGACAGAAACAGGACAACCACAGAUUGUCAUGGUCUGCUGGGUUGGUGAUAGUGUGGAUGAGCUCCGCAGAACUGAAUGUGCCAGCCAUCUGCCUGCCAUCAAGGCCUUCUUCAAGGAGGCUCAAAUAUUUAUUACAGCCUCACAGCAAGAUGAGGUGACGGAGGAGCAGAUUAUGGCUGCUAUUGCAAAGAUUCGACCACCAAUGGAGAAACUGAGGAGACCCUCAAGGGCAAUGGAUAAGGAGGAGACUGUCGGUACAAACUACAAGAAGACAAAUGCUGCCAUGGAGAUGAGACGGAUUAACAGAGACUCCUUCUGGGCACGUGCAGAGCGUGAGGAGGAGGAGAGAAAGGAGGAAGAACGUCGGAGGGCUAUAGAAGACAGACGGCGCUGGGAGAGAGAACGAGUUCUGCAGGAAAAAAAAGAGGCUGAAGAGAGAGACCGAAAGAUGAACGAAAAGCUACAGAUGAUUGAGGAACAAAGAAGAAUCCAGGCUCAGCGUGAGGAAGAGGCUAGAAAGAAGGAAAAAGUGAGAUGGGAGCAGCAGCAGAAAGAGCAUGAGGAGGACAUGAGGGCCCGACUCAGACGCAGCGAGUCCAUUGAGAAAGCAGCAGAGGCAGCAGCACUUGUUUCCCAGCGCACCAUCAAUCCCAGAGAGUUUUUUAGGCAGUUAUCUGCAUCCUCACAAAAUUCUUCAAGCCCUGGAUCACCACGAUCAGGCAAAUCUCCAUUCCGUCGCUACCAACGCAGUUUGACAGACACAGCCUUCAUCUUUGAGAGGUCCAAUUCUAAUUCUGGUCCCACAUCCCCUCUCAGUCCCUCUGCAAGGUCUCCAUUCUCACGCACCCCAUCCGCAUCCUUCAAACGUCCAACGUCCCCACUUAGUCCAUCCUACCGAACAAUCCCCUCACCACAGCGCCCUGAAACAUCUCCUCCCACAUCACCUUCCCCACGCUCUGUCCCACUGGUGUCGCCUCCACCCGGUCUGCCUGUCACCAGACCCCCUCCACCCCAGUCAUCACCUCCCAGCCGGCCACCUCCUCAAGCCCCGGUAAACGAUUCAGCUUCCCCUCCGUCUCCAAAGCCAGAGUCUUGCAUCUAUGACUUUAGCAGGGAGGAACUCGCUGUCACAACAGAACACCUUCCAGCUUCACUCUCUGAUAACCCACUGCACACUAUGGAGCUUGUAACUGGCUCUCAAAUGCUGUGUGAACCAGAAGUGGACUUUACGGCCAAGGCUGUGCUGAUCGAAGAAGAUGAAGAAGAGGAAGAGGAACCAGAGGAAACUUCAGCCAUGUCAGCUCCACCUUCACAUGCUAUGAUCACCACAAACUAUGAAGAAGCAGUGAAAGCAGUAGAGGAACAAUUCAAGCCUGAGGAUGAGAAGAGUGCCAUCAGCCCCCUGGUGGAGGUUGAGGAGCAAGAGCAGGAACCAGAGUCAGAGUCUGAGGAUGAAUCAGACUCUGAGGAGCAACCUGCUGCAGAAUCUGAGGAAUUCCACCCUAAUGUCAACCAGGUGCCCAGAAAUGUGGUACCGAUCUCAGAUGAUGAAGUUGAGGAAGACCUACCAAAUAACCAAGAGUCAUGUGUGAGUGCAUCAGAGUAUGAUCGGAUGAUUGAAGAAGAUGAAUCUGAAUGUGGCAGACCACUGAAUGGUACAGGUCAUGAGCUAAUUGGAGUUGAGGAUGUUGAUGUAUCUGAGCACAGUACACCUGAGCGGUUCUGUUACAAGGUUAAUCGUGAGGAGGAAGAUGACGAUGAAUUCCAAACAGAGUUGGUGACUGAGAAUGGCGAAACAUCACCGGAAAGACUUCUGCGUGUGAGAGCAUUAUAUGACUACCAAGCAGAGGAUGACACUGAGCUCUCUUUUGAACCUGGUGACAUCAUCAGUGAUGUGGAAACAAUCGACAAAGCGUGGUGGAGGGGCUCCAGCAAAGAUGGACGCCAGGGUCUCUUUCCUGCCAACUUUGUAGAAACCAUCUAAAGACUUGUCCUUCAAAGACGGUUCCUCUUCCCCCUUUUCUUUUUACCAAUUCUCAGGGACUAAGAACCGCAAAACCCAGUCUAUGAGGAUGCACCAUGUACUCUGAGAUUAAGAGUUACAGGAAAAGGGUUUGGAAGUGAAGCGUUCACAGGCAGAACUCGGCCAGCGAUUCCUUGCAUUCCAAAACAAGCAGCUAAAGUCGAAAAUUGAGGUUUUAAUAAUCAUCAGCUGCAUGACUGAAGAGGAUUCUCACAUGAUGUGAGCUGAGAUACUGAUCAGUACAAUUCCUGUUACAAUUGUACACAAAUUAUCAUCAUUUUAUUAUUUACACAUUACAUCAUUUAUUAUUUUACAUACUGUUGUUACUGUUAUCAUUACUAAAUGAUACCAAAGGUGGUGGAGGUGUCAACUGAGAACAGAUUUCAGUUUUUUUCUUUUGGCCUUUACACAUAAAUCCAGCUUACAGUCACAUAACAGUUGGCCCUGAGUAUAGAAACUUUCUUCAGAACUAGUACUGUCAUAGUACCAGUAUGAGACAUGUUGAUAAUGUAGGUUAUAUAGUUGUAACAUGCCAUGUUUUUUUAAAGCAGAGAUGUGUUUACAGCAUUCUGAGUAGUGUCAUACCUGCAAAGGUGUGCAGACAAUACAAAAGUUGUCAUUGCCAAGAUCAAAUGAUUCAAUCAUAGGAGACACCUGAGAAAUUGGUGUUCAAAGAUACAAACUAGCCUAACAGAGAGAAUGAACCACAACUGGUGGGUCUCCCAACCCACCAUAACCCGCUCUCCCAACAUUUUGCCUUUAGAGAAAGGUACUUCUGAAAUAAAUGCAGUAGUUUUAGUAUGUUUUAAACCCCUUGCUAUUAUGAAAGCCAAUGCAAAUGAAAUGGUUUUAAAAAAAAUCAAAUAUUGGCAAGUCAUUGCAUGUUUUUAAAUGCUCUGAAUCUUAUGUCAAAAUUAAAUUCUUCCAUACACAUUACGGUUAAAAACUUUGAGGUCGGUAAGAUUUUUUAAAAAUGUUUUUGAAAGUCUCAUGUUUACCAAGGCUGCAUUUAUUUGAUCAAAAAUACAUUUGAUACAAAAAAUAUGAAAUAUUACAAUUUUAAAUCACUAUAUUCUAAUUAAAUAUAUUUUAAAAUAUAAUUUAUUCAAGUGAUGGCAAGUCUGCAGUGACUGCAGUCUUCAGUGUCACAUGAUCCUUCAGAAAUCAUUCUAAUAUGCAGAUUUGGUGCUCAAGAAACUUUUCUUAUUGUAAUACUAAUCAAUGUUAAAAACAGUUGUGCCGCUUAAUAUUUUUGUGGAAACGGCGAUAUUUAUAACCCCCAGGAUUCUUUAAUGAAUAGAAAGUUUAAAAGAACAGAAUUUAUUUGAAAUAGAAAUAGUUUAUAACAUUAUAAAUGUCUUUACUGUCACUUUGGAUCAAUUUAAUGCAUCCUUGCUGAAUAAAAGUAUUAAUGUCCUUAAAAUCUUACUGACCCUAAACUUUUGAACAGUAGUGUACAAUAAGACAAUGUUCACUGUGUAAAUACUAUCAAAUACACAUUGUUUUUCUAUAUAAUUUAUUUAUCUCUGACCAUGAACAUAGAUAUAUUUCCUCCCAGAGAGGGUCUGUCUAAUCCAUUUAACUUGUGUAACCACAUUUCAGUAAUAGGUACAUUUUCAACUAACAAAGUUCUUCUGUAUUAAUGCGAAAGAUCAAACAAUACCAGAAUUUCACCAACACAUUUAUUUACUCUAUGCUCUCUGUUAGUCAUUUCUUUGUAAUAAAUGAUUGUUUUUUGUUUUUGUUUUCCACAUUCUACAAUAAUGCUUUCAUGUUUUUGAUUUAUUGCACAACCAGUACACUGCCUUCAUACUGUUUUGAGUAUCAUAAUCAUCAAGAAACCAUAUUCAACACAUGUAAUGCACAAGAUCAAAUUAAAGGGAUUCACUUUA